UAAAAUAAGCGACCACUGCAUAGUAAAAUAAGCGACCACUGCAUAGUAAAAUAAGCGACCAUUGUUGUUGUGGUCAUCAAUGUAUCAUGGAUUCUUGGUCGGAUAUAUUUUAGAAUCGAUUUUUCAAUUGUGUUCAUGAUGGCAGUGGCAUCUGACUCUGCCAAGUGGGUCAUAGAUGACAUUGUGUCAAGUCUUCAUUAUGCUGAAGAGGUUCUUUCCUUGGUCGGUAUCGUUUGCAUCGGGAAGGUCACGCUCACCGCCGUUUGGAACUUAACUUCUUCUUUCCGAGUUCAUGUUUGGUCCAAGUUGGUCCCCAGGAACUUGAAGGAGGAGUACGGCAAGUGGGCAGUUGUGACUGGGGCUACAGAUGGCAUCGGUAAAGGUUAUGUUGCAGCUUUAGCCAAGAAUGGCAUCAAUAUUGUUCUCAUCUCCCGCACCCACGACAAGUUGGUUAGAGUUGCUCGGGAGAUCCGUGAGCAGUAUAGAAUCCAGACAGAGAUAAUCCAAGCAGACUUUGCCAGGGGUCGACCAAUAUAUGAAGAUAUUGGCAGACAUCUUGUAGGCAAAGACAUUGGUAUCUUAGUGAACAAUGUUGGUGUGGCUGGCUCCAAUCCAUGUUUCUUUGAGGAGGUGUCAGAAGAUGACAUCUGGGCACUUGUUAAUGUGAAUGUGGCAUCUGUACCAGCUAUGACAAAAAUAGUGUUGCCAGGAAUGUUAGCACGCAAGAAAGGUGCAAUCAUCAAUAUCAGCUCAUCUGCAGGAGUUGUACCUCUGCCACUGUUUCAACUCUACAGUGCAACUAAGGCCUCUAUCACUCCCUGGUCCACUGGCUGUAUUAAGGAGGUGGUGUUGGGAGGAAGAUACAAGACCUUGAUACGACCACCAUGUCCCACAAGCUCCUCCACGGCAGGGUGUGCAGGGGAGCAGGAUGACCUUCACGUUAUCCCUCAAAAUACCCAGCACUUCCGUCUGAUACUUGAUGAUGACAGGGACAAAGUGACUGUUAAACCAGGUGUGGAACUUGUCGCAAGUGAACCAGGCAGUCUUAUUCCCCUUGUAUAUCACUAGUAAGGUGUUCAUGAU